AUGGACAUGGCCAACAAUGACGACCUGAAAGCACAAAUCAGAGUUUCUAUGGAAAGCAACCCUCUGGAUCCGCAACAUAUGGCCCUCAUUGAUCAGGUGUCUCAACUUAAACAGCACAAAAACAACAUGGAGACGGAGAUUGCAGACCUGAGGACGCAAGUUAAAGUAAACAAAGAAAAUGAGGACACAUUGAUUAAAGUGAAUCUUUUACUUAAGAACGAAGUGGCUCAGCUUAAAUCGCAGAGUUUAAAGACUGAGAAAAUGGAGACACAGUGUAGCAACUUGAAGGCACAAGUUGAAUUUAAUCGUGAAAAGGAGGAAGCUCUGAUUAAACACAACAAAGAUGAUCAGAGGAGCGAAACGCAAGAGAGGAAGAAAGACGAGUUGAGGAUACAAGUUAAAUCUCUUCACGAAAAUAAUAACCAACUUUACGAUGACGUUAAGUCCCUCACUGACAAGUUAAGUCUACUUCAGGCUCAAAAGGCAAAGACGGAGACACACAAUUGUGACUUGAGGGCAAAAGUGAAAGCUCUUCAAGAAAACAAGAACCAAUUUGACGACGAAAUGAAGUCACUGAGUGAUCAACUGGCUCUGCUUCAGUCACAGAAAGCAAAGCUGGAGACACAGAAUGGUGACUUGAGGGCACAAGUUAAGGCUCUUCAAGAAAACGAGGAUAUUCUCAUCAAGCAGAACGAGUUCCUCAAUGAUGAAGUUUCUCAGCUUGAAAGAUGGAACGUGAGGACAGAUAAACAAAACGAAAACUUGAGGACUCGAGUCAAGGCUCUAAGAGAAAAUGAGAACAUCUUGAGUGAGAAGAUGGAGAACAUGAUGGCUGAUUUGUCCCACUUUGAGAACCAGAGAGACAAGGAUCAAAGUGAGAUUUAUGGUCUGAGAACAGAGUUGCAGACACUUAGGUGUCAAUUGCAAGAUCAAGAUGAACUACUAAGGAGGAUAGAUCAUGCUGAAUCUCUCAUGGAGAAGGAGUGGGCAGAGAACGAAAGGUUGAAAAACAAACUGAGUGAGCUUGAGGAAGAGGGCAACUUUGUAAAAAAGCAGAAUGACAUUGUUAGAGUAGAAUUAGAAAACCACAAAUCUCUUCAAGAUCAACAGAGUGAACAGAUUGUUCAGCUGAAGUCGAAACUGAAAGACCAGAAAGUCCAACUUGAGGAUGCUCAGUUUCUUCUCUAUAGUAAAGAUGAUGAGUUAGCAAAGCAAAACAGAAGAAUAGUAUAUCUAAAUGAAGUCACAGACGAGCUUAACUCUCUUCUUAGUAGUUUUAAACAAAGAAUACAUGAUCUUCAGACCCAGCUGGAACUCAGACAGAUGGAUGAAAUAUUGACCGCAAGCGACAGUUGUGGGAGCCUCAUGGAGACAGCCAACGAGGAGGAGUCCGUCAGCGAAGACGAACAGGAAUUGAGCAACGCAGAGACAAGAGAUACGAGCCCUCAAAUGAAAUAUCCUCAUCAAAACAGCAACCGUUUCACUGACCAGAAAAGGCUCGUCAUGCGUAGCUUGUCUUUGCACGACUCUCCAACUCUAAAGAUGGAAACAGAGAACGAAGAAUUGAGGACACAAGUCAAAGAACUUGAAGAAAACAAAAUCAGGCUAGCUGAGCAGAACAGGCAGCUCAAUGAAAUGAUGGCUCAUCUUGAAUCACAGAGUGCAAACGCGGACAAGCAUGGCGAUUUGACGCCGCAAGUUGAAGACCGUCAAGAAAGUGAGGACAAGCUGACUGAGCAAAAUCAGCUCUUCAGUGAAAAGCUUACUGAACUCGAAAGUUGGAACCUGAAGAUGGAGACGGAGAACGGAGAUUUGAAGGUACAAGUUGAAGAUCUUAAAGAAAAUGAGAAACUCACAAAGCAGAGGACGGAGACCCUGAUGGCCGAUUUGAGCCACUGUGAAUCUCAAAGGGACAAGUAUAAAGCUGAGAGUAAUCGUUUGAGGAUGGAAGUCCAGACACUCAGGUCUCAAUUGCAAGACGAGAGCGACCUGAGGAGGAGGAUAGACCAUGCUGAAUCUCAAAUGGAGAAGAAGUGGGCAGAGAACGACAAGUUGAGCGACAGACUGCGUGAGCUUGAGGAAAAGGAUGACUCCUUAAAAAAGCAGCACGACAUCGUUCGAGCGCAGCUGGAAGAACAUAAAUCUGUCCGAGAUCAGCAACAGCAACAGAUCGCACAGCUGAUGGCAGCAUUAGAAGACAAUAAACUCCAAGUUAAGAAGGCUGGAUUUCUCCUCUAUGGUAAAGAGGAUGAGCCAGCCAGAACUCAACCAGACUGCAAAUAG